GUAGUAUGAUGCUGCCUAGAUAUGCAUGUCUGCGAUAUUUGAUUCUUACUCAGAUUCACCGAACGAAUUGUCCUACACAGAGUACUCUUAUGAUGUGGGAUAUCUCUUCUCAUAGAUCUGCUCGAUCUUCUUUAUAGGGUUGCUUCCUUGUGUCAUGAAACUGGCAAAUAUGGCUUCUCUUUCUCGAUUCGUGUAUUUGGCGAGUGCUUUUUCUCUGGUCGCUGCCCAUAUCAACACCAGAGAAGGUCAAACACUAGGUACGCCCAUACCAAGAGUAUUCCUCUGAUAUCACACUGACAAGCACCUAGUUGAUAACUCACCCAUCAUCUCCCUAGCUGCUGAAUACGUAGAAGGUAAUACAACCGAGGCCGAGAAACUCCAACUCACCGAAACCGUUUUGGAAACCCUGACAGUCUCGUCGCUUAGCGGUCUCUCUCUUUUCCAAUUCGCUGGAUCCUCUACUGGACAGAAUCACACCAAUUCCAGAAAAUGCAAAGUCUUUCCCGGAGAUACCUCAUGGCCUUCGAAGCCCACCUGGGAGACCCUCAACCUCCUAAGUGGAGGAGCCUUGAUCGAAACCGUCCCCAUUGGAGCAGUGUGUUACACAAACCAGUCGGCAUAUAACGCAACAGCAUGUACGAAUCUCCUCGCGAAUUGGUACGAUGAUGCAAUACAGUAAGCCAUAAACUCAGGAAUCCAGAAAAUAGAAACUGAAGAAAAGAAGUGAACAAGACCCAACAUCCAUAAUGUCCCCCCUUUAACCAAGGCGAGACUUGUCAGCCCCAGAACGGAAACAAAAGCACCUGCACCCUCGGCUCCUUUCCCCCCUAUAGCAUCAAAGCCACAAACGUCUUCCAGAUCCAACUCGCAGUCAACUUCGCGCGCAACACAGGGAUCCGUCUCGUGGUGAAGAACACUGGUCAUGAUUUCCUAGGGAAGUCUACCGGUGCGGGCUCGUUAUCGAUCUGGACGCAUAAUCUGAAGUCCAUCGAGUAUAUAGAGAGUUACAAAACGCCUUCCUAUGAGGGACCGGUCUUCAGGAUGGGUCCGGGUGUCACGGUGGCAGAGAUGUAUGAGACAGCCGAUAAGUAUGGUGUCACGGCCCAAGGAGGGGAAUGCAAAGGCGUGGGUGUUACGGGCGGGUAUUUAGCCGGGGGAGAACAUAAUCCGUUGAUUUCGAAGUUUGGGAUGGCUGCUGAUCAGGUUCUGAGUAUCGAUCUCGUGACUCCAGAUGGGCGCUUCGUUACUGCGGAUGAGGCUCAACGUCAGGAUCUCUUUUGGGCGGUUAGAGGUGGGAGAGGUGCUACUUGGGGAGUGGUCACUAGUAUGACUGUCAAAGUACAUCCGAAAAUAACGGUUUCGGGUGCUACUUGGAUGGUGACUUCUGGAACGAUACUGGAAUCUCUGAUGAAUUACUGUGGGAAGCGAUGUUUCUGUAUUGGAGAAGGUUUCCCGAGUUUGCCGAUGCGGGGAGUUAUGGGUACACAUUUUUGUUCCCACGAGAAUUGGCACCUAGCACGAAAACCGGGUACCAAUGGACUAUGCGUCCCUGGGUAAUUCCCGAGAUGAACCUAGAGGAUUUCAAGGGCUUGGUUGCACCGCUAUUUAAGGAAUGGGAGGAGAUUGGGUUUUCUAUUGAGCCGGAGUUUUUCGAAUAUGAUAACUUCUACGAGGGGUGGAAGAAUCAUUUUCCAUUUGGCCAAGUGGCGCUCUCGAAUUGGAGAACGGCUGGGAGACUGAUGCCAAGGAGAAAUUGGGAGGAUGACGGGUUGUUGAAUAGGACUAUGGGGACGAUCAAGAGUUUGGCGGAGGAUGGGAGUGGAUAUGUGAUGUAUAAUUACAAUGGAGCGGCUCCCGAAGGAACACCUCCGAAUGCUAUACAUCCUGCUUGGAGAGAGACAUUGAUGUUUCUGCAACUGGGGAAUUUGUGGCCCGAGGGUGAUGAAGAGGCCUUGGAGACUUUGAAUAAAAAAUUAACGAGGAAUUGGAUGAAAAGUCUUAUUGAGAUUACGCCGGGGCAGGGAGGGUAUCUCAACGAGGGCGAUCUUAUGGACCCGGAUUUUGCGCAGAACUUUUGGGGAGUCAAUUAUAAGAGGCUACUGGCGAUCAAGAAAGCGGUUGAUCCUUGGGAUUUGUUUUGGGCUCCUACUGCUGUUGGAAGUGAGAAUUGGUUUGUUACUGGACAGACGGAUUGGUUAACGAAGCAAACAGUCAAAUUGUGUAGGAAGUAG